AAACAACUCUGCUCUGAAUGCCGGGCGGUUUGUGGUUUGGUUUGUUUUUGAGAGAAAAAAAAUUAACAUUUAGUUAUUUUUGCAAUUGCAUCUUUGCAUAUAAUUUCGUAUAAUAAAACUAAUCGAAGGGGGUCAGAAACCUCGCGAUGCAAGCUCGUCGUUCUGCAAAGAGAUCGAUUCUGGGCAGCCGGGUUUGCGCUCCGAGUCCGGCCGGAGAUGGGCAGCUUAUCCCCGGGGUGAUCCAGGCGCUGAAAUCCGAAAACAAGGAGUGUGGGGGGCGAUGCAACCUCUACAUGGUCAUGCUGGAGGAUGGCACCCUGCGGGAAUACCCGGAGGAGGAGAUCGUCGUGAUGGGACCUGGUUUGCACCACCACCACGUCAGCAAAGUGCAGAUGAAAUGCAGAGAAAAGCUCUAUUGCAAUGGCCGUGACUCAUCUUCUGUCACACUGUCAUGUGAUCAAAGUCACACCGAGAACCACCAGAAGGUGUUGGAGCAGCAGUUGCCCCUUGUGAGAAAGAUUGAAGCCAUGAAGAUACUAGAAACUAAAAAGAUUGGCAGGAUUCAAGAUCACGACAAGGACCACGUACGACCGAUUGGUGCUGUUUCUGAUCAGAAGAGAAAAGUCGUUUCUUCCAAUAUUGAUGUCCCUCGUGCAAGAAAUUUCUCUGAAGAAGGAGAGAUGGACAAAGUAACUGCAGCAAUGGUCCUAACUAGCUUGUCCACCAGCCCACUGGUCCGCAGUCCUCCCUCCACAGUCCGUGUAGCAGAUCAGAAUGGUUCUUGGAAGGAACCAGCCAACAUGUCAUCGAGCUACAGCAGCAGUGGCAACUGGAGCUGGGGGGCACCAAGUGACCAGUCAAAUCCAUCCACCCCGUCACCACCUUUAUCAGCCGACAGCUUCAAACCUUUCCGUGCGACCAUCCAGCCAGAUGACAGUAUCGAUGAGGCAGAAUCCAGCAACCUGUUGUUUGAUGAGCCCAUUCCAAGGAAGAGAAAGAACUCGAUGAAAGUUAUGUUCAAGUGUUUGUGGAAGAAUUGUGGAAAGGUGCUCAGCACUGCUGCAGGGAUCCAGAAACAUAUUCGGACCAUGCACUUGGGACGUAACGUAGACUCAGAUUGCAGUGAUGGUGAAGAGGACUUCUAUUACCAGGAGAUCAAACUGAACACGGAUUCUGCAGCUGAGGGUUUGGGUAGCCUGUCUCCGGUGUCACCAUCGGUGUCGUCACCACCUACACUCUCAAGCUUGGAUUCAGGACGAUCUGAAACCACCGUCACCAGAACCGAGGCCAAAACCUCCACCCCUCUCAGUCGGUCAGCACCAACCUGCCUCUACCUUGUCCACACUGACCACGCUUAUCAGGCCACGGCACCUGUUAAUAUCCCUGGAUCAAAGUUCACACCUACCAGCAAUGGGUUCAGCAUCUCUUGGCAAUCUCCACCGGUUACUUUCACUGGCAUCCCAGUUUCGCCAACCCAUAGUCAUUCCGUGAAUGCUGGAGAACAGCGACAGCAGCCCAUCUCUUCUCUUUCCUCUCCACCAAGACCUGUGGUUGGAGCAAGAAAGAUCCGUGGAGAAGGAAAGAAAUGCCGAAAAGUGUAUGGGAUGGAAAACCGAGACAUGUGGUGCACUGCCUGCCGUUGGAAGAAAGCAUGCCAGAGAUUUAUUGAUUAGAGGCGAGUUGUGAAAAGCCUUUGAGAAGAAUUUUUUUGUUUGGGCAGCUACUAAGAAUGUUUUUUUUUUGAAGCACUAAAUGUUUUUUUUAAAUAAAUUUAUAACUGUAGCAGCAACACUCAUAUCAAACAAGAUGCACUUACGAGAAGUCUAUGUGGAACUGAGCAGAAUAAAGCUUGCUCACAUCUCUGUGACGGAAGAUGCAUUACCUGGAAAUCUUGCUAUAAGCAAGUGGAGUGAUGAGGCGGUUCGGUAGCGUGCUUUUUUAUUGGUUUGAAGUAUGACUGACCAGAUAUUGUGUUGCAGAUUUUCGUUUGGUCAUGGAGGCUUCUCAGGAAGCCUGAUGGCUUUGAACACUUUGUUGACAAAGUGAAACACUCACAUGGUUUAUAUUUUUGUCAUGACUUCACUAUCUUUCUAAGCAGUAUUACAUGCAAUUCCUUUAAGAUUUUAUAGUACAAACCUUCUUACAACUUACAGUACUUGAUCUUAUUCUAUUAACAUUCCUCCGUACUUUAUCCUCAUGCACUUAUCUACCUUCCCUCUUAAAGUUGCUCUAAUCACUCUAUGUGAUACCAAGUUUGAUAUUUCACUACUCUGGUAAAAAAAAAAUCUAAUUACCUUCUGCUGGUGUUUCUUAUAUUUUCUUCACAUAAGCUACUUAGAUGUAGGUGAACACGUGGAAUACUGCAUCCUAUUUGAAGAUAUUGGAAUGUACAGUAUGUCUUAUUUUCUGGGAUGUUAAGGGACGUGCACAAUCAGGGUCCCAUGGAACGGAGGAUGAAAUUGUUUCUCCCUACUGGUGCGAUAAACUUUUAUGAAAGCAAAACUGAUUCUGCUGCAACAUUAAGAAGGCCUUGUGGAACAUCGGCUAGGAACCUUUGUUUUUAUAUUUGCAAAAAAAAAUGUAACAAAUGUUACAAAGUUCUGAUUGACAAACUAGUGGACUUGUUAGGGAUGUGCAUUGAACUGGAUUAUUGAACAAGGAAUGUGCAAUUGAAUUGAUGCCAGUUUUGUUUAUCGUUACCACUGGAGGGUGCCAGGGUUUGUUUAAAUUUUGUCAUGUUGGCUCCAGUCCUCUUCUGACUUAGCAAACUUGCACAACGCAUUUUUGGUGUGGCAGGCAACGCACUUAACAUAGGGCAGAAUCUUGAUGUGUGUGUUCACUGUCAGUAGCACCAAGGAAGAGAGUUGAAAGAGUGAACAGCUCAACCUAUUGAAGAACAUGCCUGAAAUUAAUGGAGUGAAAAUUGAGUAGAUUCUGGAACAAGUGGUUACCCACACCAUUAGAUUUCUAAGAAGGCUGUGAGGCUGAAAAUUAGCCAUAAAUUGCUGAUUGUUUCUCUUGGCUAAUAAAACUGUAAAUUAUAUGAUGCUUACCACUAAUUUAAUCUGUUUAAGCCAGUUAAGUGCUUACAGAAUAACUGAAACCAUUUUCCUUGUGGGAACAUGAAUGAUUGCCAAUUAGUAUAUCCAUUUUUCAUUAGGUCCACCCAAAUAACAUUGCCAUUGCAAGACACUGCAUGUAGCUCAGCUGUUUUUUUUAAUAUGUUCCUCAGUUUUACAGCAAUUCCUGACAAGAUUAGAAGUCAUUAUCAUUAUCACCUUGUAAAACUAUUUAAAAUUGUGAAAGCAAUUGAUGCUAUUAGGGUUAGCUUCUUUAGUGUUUCAGAAAGUAAAUGUGGUCUGUAACUCUGGAAAGUCCAAGGGACAAGCUUGCCUUUCCUUAUUGAUGAUUUGCGGAGAUCGUUAAUUUGAAACCAACUUGGAUAUCUAGGUUGUAGUGGAAUGUUUCAGGGGUUCAAAGAAUUUUCCUUGGGGCAUUUCUACUCUGUUAAUAUUACUCCAUUAAGUGCAUUGGAAAAUUUAUUUACAAACCAGUUACAAGGAAACCCUCAGCCAACUUCAAUAGCUUUUCAAUAAUUCUUGUGAAAUGACAGUAUGGUUAGUUUAUUGAAGUCAUCAGGAAUUCUGAGAUAGUUUGUUCCUAAGGCAGGAAUAAUCUCCAAAUUUUGUUAUUUUAGCUUGUAAAAUCAAACAGGGAAAAUACCUCUGACUAAUAACAAAAAUAUCUAAAUUACACAAGUAUGUUUUAGUUAAUGAGAACAUUUUUAAUCAAAAAAAAGUGCAAUAGUGAUGCCAUUUAUUUGAAAGCAGUAGUCAAAAUGCACUUUCUAGUGUCAAAAGCUUCACUCAAUGGAACACAAAUAAGACUCUCCUGGCUUUGGAGCACACAUCAUUAUUCACAGUUCUUGCCCUUUAAGCACUAUGUUUCUGCCAAGAUUUGGACUAAUUAUAAAGCACAAUUUGUUCAGGAAAUUUAUUUUGUGAAAAUUACUGUAUAUAAAAGUUGUGCAUUACAAAAUAUGGAUAUGAGGACUGAGGAACCAUACAUAGUGAUUGCGAAUUGUGGCAAUGUUUGUAACUUAUAUGAUGGAAUCAGUCAAUCCUGAAUAUGCAUUUUAUAGCCACCAGUGACAAUUCCCAUAGACUAGUUUGCACUGCUAAACCAAAUGUGACAAUAUUUCUGAAUGAUGCACUUAAGGACAUAAGAAAGUAGGUAGUACCUGUUCAUUAAACAUUAUGAGGUUUGAUGGACAUUUUUAGAAAAAAAAAGCAAAUGUUAGGGUGUUUGCACAUCCCUACUUUAUAAAUAUAUAUAUUUGUGUGUGUAUAUAAAAUGCCUAUUGUGACUAUAUUGAAAACUUGCUUUGUGUUAUCCUAAUUGGUUGCCCAAGUGGCAUUUGCUUUCCUAAAUUAUAGGAAUGCUCUUAUUCCCUAUUGAGCCAGUGGUGCUGCUGCAUUUUAUUGUAUUAAGUCACGUUGUGCUAUCUGCACUGAGCUAAAACAUCAGAAGUACAAGGUGCUAAUUUUCCUGGGUUUUAAAAUCAGCCAAGGCCACACUUUUAUUCUUCUUGUCUAGCAGAUUUGACAGUAAUUAUUUCCCAGCUGAAAGUAAACAUCUUUACAUAGCAUUACACACCAUUUCUGUAAUAAAAACUGGCCGUUCUGCCCAACACGUUCCUGUUGGUGUUUAACUUCACACUGACUCCUUUCAUCAUGCAUUACUCUAAAUCAGGGUUUCGCAGCCUGGGAUCCAUAGACCUCUCUGUUAAUGGUAGGGGACCAUGGCGUAAAAAAGAUUAGGAGCCACUGCUCUAAGUAGUACUAAAUGCAUGUAAACUUUUUGCCUCAGAGUCCAUGAUUUCCUUGAAUAGAUCCUAUGUUUUUGUUUUUCUUAAUAAUCAAAAUAUUCUAAUAUUCCAACAGCAUGCAAUACAUAGAUAGCCACGGUAGCGUAGCAGUUAAUGUGACAUUAGUACAGGUUCAGAGUUCAGUUCCAGCGUCCUCUAUAAGAAAGUUUAUCUGUUCUUCCCAUGUGCACGUGGGUUUCCUCCACGUACUCUUGUUUUCCUCCCACAGUCCAAAGAUGUAUCGAUUAGCAGGUUAAUUGGUCAUUGUAAACUUACCCACGAUUAGACUAGGGUUAAAUCUACUGCCCGAUGAGGGGUGUUCUGAACACCACCAGAGCUGGAGGACCUUCAUUGCUGCCCUAAGUGCCAGCGGGGUAAUGAGCAGUAACAAGUAAAUCACUGGGUUGCUAGGCAACGCAGCUUGGUGGGCCAGAAGGGCCUGUUCCACACUGCAUUUCUAAAUAAAAUAAAAUAAACAUUGUUUAAGCUAUUUGCAAUAACGUAGGUAAUUCAGCCAAAGUAAGUCUCUUCAGGCUAUCUAAUUGAAGUUAUCCUGGCAUAAGUGCCCAGACUUUUUCUUCUGUUUUUCUAUUUUACACUCAGAGAUUAAUUUGCUACUUAAUUAUCUUAUUUGAAUCUCAAGAAAGCAAUUGUGAUUUAUAAACACUUCAUAUCCAUGACCAAAAUCAGAGGUUAAAUUACUGACGUAGAUGUGUAGUUUAGCUGUGGAGAAUUGAAACACUUGCUUCUUUCUAAAUCCUGGUCUCUUUAUCUCCAUUUGCUGUCACAUCAAACUAUGUAUUAAAGAAAAACUAAUCUUAAAGGAUGUUAGGAAAAAUAUUUCAUGAAUAAUUGCACAAAAGUAGACUAAUAAACUGAAAACCAUACGACAGGAAUAUUCAGUGAUAUCAAAGCAGUUUCAUUACUCUCAAUCUCUAUUCAGGUACUUUAAAUGACAAAAGGAAAAUCUUAUUAUUCUUGGGAAAUCAAAUCACAAGGUAUUUAACAAUAUACUGUCACAUAACGUGGAUCAUUUAUACUUAAGUGAUACAAAUAAUGUGCUUGUUUAACUUGAGGAGUAAUUUAGCUUUCUUACCAAAGAAAUGCCACAUUAUGUGAGCAAAGCUGUCAAAAAAAAGCAAUGUUAGGAACUGCUUUGCAUUUGAUUAAAUAUAAAGCAGUUCUUAACAUUUUUGUAAUAUUGCGCACAUACUUUUUCAUUCUCUCUCAUGACAUUUAUCCAUACCAGUCAACAGCUGACUUUCCAGUCCAUUCAACAUUCCAAUUUUGCCUCCAAAUCUAAUGAUUCUAAUAAUCCAUACAACAUCCUCAAUCAUUUAGUCCUAGUGUUUUGCCACUGCGGUUUAAUGACCUUCCUGUCCAUUUCAAACCUUGCUGCUAGUUGCACAACAUGCCUUAGUUAAUGGUUUUUCUGAGUACAUCACUAGGUCUUUUCAAACAUGACAACAUCUGCAGAUGCUGGAAAUCCAAAACAGCAGACACACAAAAUGCUGGAGGAACUCUGCAGGCCAGGCAGCACCUAUGGAAAAGAGUAAACAGUCAACGUUUUUGGCCGAGAACCUUCUUCAGGACUGAGAGGGAAGUGGGGAGAUGCCUGAAUUAAACUGGGGGGAGGGGAAGGAGUCUAGCUAGAAGGUGGUAGAUGAAAACAACAGGAAUUCUGCAGAUGAUGGAAAUUCAAGCAACACACAUCAAAGUUGCUGGUGAACGCAGCAGGCCAGGCAGCAU